UAAAUAUUUUUCACAAAGGACCCAAAAUGUUAUGAAAUAACCCUUUCUUUUUCUUCAGCGGCUUACCCUUCGGUUCUUUGCCAAAACAUUACCCUCUCUCUCUCUCUCUCUCUCUCUCGCUCUGAUCGAUGGCGGCUUCGUCUUCGUCGGCAUCACCCUACACUUCCGAUUCAUCGUCUUCCUCUUCUCGUCGUCGCCGUCGCCGUAGAACUCGCCGUGAAAAAGAUCGGGACGCUCUUAGGAUUCGCAAGAAGUCUCGCUCUCAUUCUAAGCGUCGUCGCAGGCACCGCCGCUCCUCCUCCAAUUCUUUAUCUUCCUCCGACUCCGAAUCCGAUUACUCCCGAAGCCAUAGCUCUUCUCAAAGCGAGCCUGAAAUGUCAGGCCGUUCAAAGCGGCAUAAGAAGAAUGAUGGAACGAAAAAGGAGAGGGAGCGAAGUAAGAGUCAACACCAUAAAAGGCGUAAGCAUAAAGCUAAAGAGAAACAGCCAGAAGAGAGAAGUAGCAGCCCUGUGCAGCUGUCUAAGUUUUUAGCGCGGGAGGAUGAUGGUACACGACGGAGUGCUGUCUCUGGCAAAAAGAUAUUGUUGAAACUUGAUAAAUCAAAGGAGGACAAAGCUGAGGAAAACAAAAGAAAUGAAUUGCUGAAGUUCUUGAACUCUAGCUUUGACUAAUGGGUUGGGUAUCCUUGAAAUGAAGGAAAGAGGCAAAUGAUAGAAGAAUGGAAUAUUAGCUGCUGCUGCUGCUGC